AUGUCAGACGAAGCCGCAGAUAUAGAAGCUUCUGCAAAAUCCACAGUUGAUCCAGUAAAGUCGUUCCUCAGUGGAGGGUUUGGAGGCAUCUCUUGCGUCCUCGUCGGCCAUCCGUUCGAUCUCACAAAGACCAGAUUACAAACAGCUUCACCUGGUACCUACACAGGAGCUGUGGAUGUGAUACGUAAGACCAUAGCUCAAGAUGGCAUUCGUGGUAUGUACAGAGGUAUCACUCCACCUUUAUUUGGUGUAACUCCUAUAUUUGCCAUUUCCUUUUGGAGACGAGGGGAAAUACUGAUAUUCGAGGGAUACGACGCUGGUAAACGGAUAGUAUACGCUUUGACACCCGAUCGUAAAGACCAAGCUCUGAGUCUGGGAGAAUUAGCUUUUGCAGGAGGGUUCUCUGCCGUUCCUGCGACUUUGGUCGCUGCUCCUGCUGAAAGGGUCAAGGUGUUGUUGCAGGUACAAGGACAAGGAGGUCAAUCGAUGUAUUCUGGUCCUACGGACGUUCUACGUAAACUGUACGCCGAAGGAGGUUUGAGGUCUAUAUUCAGAGGGACAGUCGCUACGUUGGCUCGUGAUGGACCUGGAAGUGCAGUUUAUUUCGCCACAUAUGAACUUCUCAAGAAGCGACUAUCAGCUCCUCCACCUCGACUUCCAGGAUCAGAUCAACCUUCCGCUGCACCUCCAUUGUCACUAGGAGUCGUCAUGCUUGCUGGUGGUACUGCAGGUGUGGCCAUGUGGUCACUUGCCAUUCCACCUGAUACAAUCAAAUCCCGUCUUCAAAGCGCCCCUCAAGGCACUUACACAGGAUUCAUGGAUUGUGCUCGGAAAUUGAUCGCUCAAGAUGGUGCCACGGCAUUAUGGAAAGGUUUCGGACCUGCCAUGGCUAGAGCUUUCCCUGCUAAUGCGGCAACGUUCUUAGGUGUGGAAUUGAGUUUGAAAAUGAUGGAUAAAUUGUGGUGA